UUAUUAGAGGAAGCCAAGGAGGCGCGGGUCUUGGAGCUCAGUAACGAAGAGGCGUGAGUUUGGAGCGCCCACAAGAGCUGACGCUGCGUUCGCGACUCGAGUGCGAGUGUUUCGCUUCGAUCCAAGUCGUGGGGAUGCAGUUGUAGUUUUUUUUUCUUUUUCCUUUAACCCACAAAUUCCUUAAGGAGCGCAAGACGUUCACAAUUUUUGCCACUUUCCCCCCGCCUCGCUUUCCGUCAAAAUGUGCUUGGGGCGAGUUCGCUCCAAGAUACCGGGGAGAGACGCUCUCGUGGUCCGCUCGCUGCUGUGCCUCGCCGGGGUUCUGCUCGCUCCUCCUACUGGAUGCGGAGCCUUCAACCUGGACGUGGACAACCCGACGGUUUACAGCGGAGACAACGGUAGUUACUUUGGAUACGCGGUCGACUUUUAUUUGGCUGAUUCUGCCGGCGCCAGCGUGGUGGUGGGCGCUCCCAAGGCUCACACGAAGCAAUUCGACAUUGUUGAGGGAGGCUCCGUCUCCUACUGUCCGUGGAGCCUCGGCCAAUCCGAUUGUCACACCAUCGAAUUUGACACAGGUGGGGAUCAUUUUGUCUCUAUCAACAACACGGCACAUCAGCUCGAGUUCAAGUCGCACCAAUGGUUCGGCGCCACAUUGCGUUCCCACGGUGACACCAUUUUGGCCUGUGCACCUCUCUACUCGUGGAGGACAGAAAAGGAUAUCCCGCGGUCUGACGCCACUGGGACUUGCUAUCUCUCCGUUCAGAAUUUCACCAAAUUUGUGGAGUAUGCACCUUGUCGAACAGAAAUCAGCGAUGAGGGUGGACAAGGCUACUGCCAAGGCGGAUUUAGUGCCGACUUUACCACGGAUGGUCGAGUUGUGUUGGGAGGGCCGGGCAGCUACUUCUGGCAGGGUCAGGUGAUCUCAGCAGAUAAAGAGGACAUCAUUGAGGCUUAUUACCCGGGUUACUUCAUACAGUCUGUGGAUGGUCAGAUCCAGACAAAACAAGUCCAGGCUAAACAUGAUGACAGCUAUCAAGGUUACUCUGUGACUGUGGGGGAGUUCAGUGGAGAUCAAGUUGAAGAUUUUGUGGCCGGUGUUCCAAAAGGAGUUAUGCUUUAUGGUUUGGUGUCCAUUCUGAAUGGAACUGACUUGAAGACAAUGAUUAAUUACACGGGCGAGCAGAUGGGAUCAUAUUUUGGCUAUGCAGUGGCCGCCACUGAUGUCAACAGCGAUGGGAUGGUCGACCUACUGGUGGGCGCACCCAUGUUCAUGACGCGAGGCUCCGACGGCCGGCUGGAAGAAAUGGGCCGAAUCUACGUCUACCUGCAGCGUGCUCCGUUGAGCCUGGAGCUCAGCCUACUUCACCUGACAGGCUCUCAGGUGUUUGGCAGAUUUGGCAGCACCAUCGCACCAUUGGGAGAUUUGAACCAGGAUGGAUUCAACGAUGUGGCUGUGAGCUGUCCGUUUGGUGGGGAGGAGCAGCAGGGUUUGGUCUACAUCUUCAACGGCUUCCACCAAGGCCUCCGAGAGACGCCAUCGCAGGUGAUUGCAGGCCAGUGGGCCGCAGGUUCCAUCCCCGCCAGUUUUGGCUUCGCACUCAGAGGGGCCGUGGACCUCGAUUGGAAUGGUUACCCAGAUCUUAUUGUUGGUGCCUUUGGAGUUGAUAAGGCAGUUCUCUACAGAUCGCGUCCCAUCGUCAACACCAGCGCCUCACUGACGAUUUACCCCACCAUGAUCAACCCCGAAGAGAAGAACUGCAUGAUCACUAACGGGAACACAAGCAUUUCCGUUUCCUGUGUCAAUUUGAGUUUCUGCAUAUCCACUGAUGGGAAGCACCUACCAGAUGUUCUCGACUUCCAGGUGGAGGUGCAGCUCGACAGUCAGAAAUUCAAGCAGAAAGGAGCAGUGAAAAGAGCUCUUUUCCUGGACACCCAGCAGCCUUUGCUGCAGAAAAACUUAAGGGUGCGCCAUGGCGAGCGUGUUUGCAAGCACACCAAGAUCUACCUUAGAGAUGAGAAGGACUUCCGGGAUAAACUCUCCUCCAUCUUGGUGGCAUUGAACUUCAGCCUGGAUACCAAAGCUCCCGUAGACCAGCAGGGUCUGCGACCUAUUCUCAACUAUCAAUCCCCCAACAUGAUAGAGCAGAAGGCUCAGAUUCUGCUGGAUUGCGGAGAAGACAACAUCUGCGUCCCCGAUUUGAAGCUUGCAGUCCACGGGGACAGGAAGGAAGUGUACCUUGGUGAUGACAACGCCCUGACCUUGACUUUCAACGCCAGGAAUGAGGGUGAGGGUGGCGCCUACGAGGCAGAGCUCUAUGUGGUGCUGCCACCCGAGGCCGACUACAGCGGCAUCGCUCGUAAUAACGAGAGCCUGACCCAGCUGACCUGCAGCUACGACACCGAGAACCAGACCCGAUACCUCAGCUGCGAUUUGGGAAACCCCAUGAAGUCUGGCACCAGUCUUUGGGCGGGUCUUCGUUUCACGGUGCCUCGACUGAAAGACACGCACAAAACGGUCCAGUUUGAGCUGCAGAUUCGCAGUAAGAACGAGAACAACUCCCACAGCGAGGUGGUGCCUUACAAGGUAGAGGUGGUUGUCCAAGCUGAGAUCAUCCUUCAAGGGGUGUCUCGUCCAGAUAAGGUCUUCUUCCCACCGGCCAACUGGAAGGUGACCAAGAACUACGAAAUGGAGCAGGAAGUGGGGCCAGCGGUGGAACACAUCUAUGAGCUGGUGAACAACGGGCCCAGUCGGAUCAGCCACACCCUGCUGGAGCUGCGCUGCCCCCUCGCCGCCCAGGGCCACAAUCUGCUUUACCCGCUGGAGUUCUCCACCGAGGGCCCCGUCAACUGCACUUCUGACAGCAACAUGAAUCGCCUCCAGCUCAGACUCAAAGACACGGCAACAGAACCGCCUCAUCUAGCUCUGAAGUCCCAUGAACACCGCGUGGAAAGGCGGGAUGCGCACAGGAACUCACUCGCGCACUUGACAAACCUGUCCUGCUCCAGUGUGGACUGCUGGGCCCUGCAGUGCCAAGUGGGUCUCCUGGAGAAAGGGACCACGGCCAUCCUCAAAGUGCGCUCCCGCGUCUGGGCGGAGACCUUCAUGGAGAGAGCAUAUAAGCAAUUUGUGCUUGAGUGUCUGGCCAGAUACAGUGUGAAGACCAUGCCCUACGCCAUUCUGCCCAAACACGUUCCCAGCGGACACAAAAAGGUGGUGACGCCGGUGGUGUGGAACAAGCCUGACAUUGAGAACUCAGUCCCGCUAUGGAUCAUCAUCUUGGCCAUUCUGGCGGGUUUGCUGCUUCUGGCCUUGCUCAUUUUCGUUCUGUACAAGUUCGGCUUCUUCAAGAGAACCCUCCCGUACGGCACCGCCAUGGAGAAAGCCCAACUCAAACCGCAGGCUGCCUCGGAGGCCUGAGCGGCCCACGCGAGGCUCCCGCCAGCAGGGCCGCAGAACCACAGAACCAGGCCACAUGAUUGCAAGGGAGACACGCGACGGAGGAGGACAAAGGAGCAAAGAAACGAGACCACUGGAACUACAAGACUGGCCAGAAGACAAUUCCAGACGUACUCUCAAACCAAAUGAAUGUUUUGUUUCAUUUUGUAUUUAUGUUUGUUGGCAGGUUGGUUGGCAGAAUAGAUCAUUGAGAUCAACUCUUAGAUAGUUUAUGGAGCUGACCUGUCCUUGAUGCUCCCAGGAUUGUCCCAAAUGCAUGCUGGAUAAUGUCUCCAGCACCCGGGACAGGUUAAGCGGGUAUAGACAACCGCCAGGGCGGACGUUUCGAGUCCGUCCGUGGCGACGAUCUCUCUGCCUCAGGUCGGAGGACGGUGCUGCAUUGAGUUGUUUUUGCACUCAAAGAAAAUCUACUGAUUCACUUCCAAAGAUGCCAAAGACUGACUCGCGCUCCAUACGAGUUCUCGAGUUGCCUGCUACUGAUCGCUUUGCUCGGACACCGGAAUCCUCUGAAUAGCUCGAGAUGAGACUGGAACUGGACGACCUUGAAGCCUUGCUUUAAAAGUUCCACCAGAGAAUGUUUUUGUACUCUGAAAAGUCACGAUGCCUCGAACCAGGGCCCUGUACCUGACAAUCAGCAGCAUUGUAGCCUAGACCGAGGAUUCAUGUCAGGAACAGGCGUCACUAUUUCUGCAAGUGUGAAGGAGCCUGUUUUCAGCUUGGCGUUACUGUGACAUAUUCUAUUUAUGACCCUUUUGACUAAGAAAGAAAGAAAAAAAAAAAAUCAGCCCGCUACCAAAAGACUGCAUGACUGAACUUGAUCAAGACAAGCGUUGAGAUUUUUUUUUUUUUAAAUGUAAUUUUAAUCUUGCUCUUGGACUUUGACAUGCAAAUACUUUGACUUUUGAGUGUGAUAUUGGACAUGCAUUUGUGUGAAUGGUAUAUUUAUGAAUGUUAGUUUUAUUGGAUGAAUUCCUCCAGCGUUCCCACCGAUAAGUCCUGGUUAGCCAUUUAUUGUUGAUGUUGACUUUCCACCCUGACGGCAAACAUGUCGGCGCCAUCCGCAUUUUACUAUCAAAGCCUUGUUACAAAAAUAAAGAAAUUAGGGUCCAAAUAUACAUAUUGCCAAACAGUUGCAGAUAUAUCACGAUGUUAUCAAAAUGUUCCAAAUAAUCAUUAGGUCAAUAUGGAGUCAACAUGACACGAUUGUCACUGAUGUCGAAAUAUCACAAUACCAUCGCCAUUCAUAUCAAAUUGCAAGUGAUUUAGAGGCAUCAUGAUAUUCUUGUCACUGAGGGAAAAGUAUAGCGAUACUAUUGUCAUUACGAUUAUAAUGUCAUCAAAUGUUUGGCCUCUUCAAAACAAUCUAUAUACUUCCUGAGCUGUAUUGUCACUAUGAUCCAAUUAUAUGAUCAGUCAUUGAGUUAGAAAUAUCGCAAUGCAGUCGUCAAUUAUGUAAUAGUUUUUCGACGCUAUUGUUAGUGAUGUAAAGGUAUCGCAAUACUCUUGUCAUCAGUGGAGAAGUCUUGGUGAUAUCAUACUGUCAUCACAAAGGGGCCAACCAGGCACUGGGAGCUUGUUUAGAUGUGCAAUAUUUAUAUUCACACCUUUUUUUUUUCCAAGUCAUUGUUUUUGAGUUAUAAUUAUGACAAGCCAGAGCUUUGAGAUGCGAUCUAAAGUUUUGUUUGUGAUAAGCACAUAUGUCAUUAUUCAGGUUCGUCUUUUGUUUUGAGUCCACGCUUUUUUUUUUUUGAAUGGAUUUGUCACCACUUUGUUGCACGGAUGCCGAACACCAAUCUCGAAGAGCUGACAUGAUGACUGUGCCGUAUGGUUGCAUCUGUCCAAACAUGAUUGUUUUACUAAACACGUGAUUCACGUUUGUUUGCCUCAUUCAACAUCCGCCCCUCGCGUAUAGAAUAGCGAUUUCAAAUGGUCUACAAAACUCUUCCGAAUAUCAAGCCAUUAUUUAUAAGAACAGGGUGUCACCUCCAGAGUCCCCCUGUGGUUACAUCAUGUGAAGGCACUGCACCCCUCGCCCCCUUUAUUUUAUUUUGAAUUGUUGGCAUGUCCCAGCCUUCUUUCUUUCUCUUCCAAAAAAAAAAAAGACGUUGUACAUAUUUAUAACUAGUAGAGUAUUUCCGAAUCCAAAUGGUAACUGGUGAAUUUUCUCACCCCAUAUUGGGGAUUUGUGUUUGAUUUUUGUUGGAGAGGGAGGAGGGCAUCUCGGAGGUCAAUUUGUUCCAAAUUCUUGCAUUUCUACCUUGUAUGAUUUGUAUUUUAAAUAAACUUGUUUCCCUUUU